AUCAUCCAUCCUUCUCUAUCUUGACCUUUUUCAUUUGUCAAAUAUACACACAUAUAUAUAUACAUACAUCUCAUUCAUACAUAAUACAUAAUACAUAAUACAUAAUGAAGGAUAUCUGCAAGCAAGACGAACUCAUCAUCCCCAACAACGUCAAGGUCAUUGUCAAGUCCCGUCUGGUCACUGUCGAAGGUCCCCGGGGUACACUCACCAAGAACUUCAACCAUCUCAACAUUGAAAUCAAAAAAGUCAACGACUCACUUAUCAAGUUCACCGUUCACCACGGUCUUCGUAAGCAUGUUGCCUGCAUCCGCACCGUCCGUUCGUUGAUCAACAACAUGAUCACCGGUGUCACAAAGGGCUUUGAAUACAAGAUGCGUUAUGUCUAUGCACAUUUCCCAAUCAACUGCAUUAUUAACAACGGUGGAAAGGAUGUCGAGAUCCGUAACUUCCUUGGUCAAAAGGUUGUCUUCCGAGUUCAGAUGCGCGAAGGCGUAACUGUCGAGGCUUCCAAGAACCAAAAGGAUGAGUUGACCCUGACUGGUAAUGAUCUUGAAGCCGUUUCUCAAUCAGCUGCUGAUAUCCAACAAUCUUGCUUGGUCAAGAACAAGGAUAUCAGAAAGUUCUUGGAUGGUAUCUAUGUCUCUGAACGUAAUGUUCUCGAGGCUUCUGAUUAAAAUCCAUGAACUUCUGUUUACCACCACCUUAAUAAAGAUACACAACGGUCCCGGGAUAGGCGGCAAUAGUCAUCCCACCCUUUCUUUUUUUUAUUUUCUUAU